AUGGCGUCCAGUACCCGUCGCAGCCGUUCGCGACUAGCCGAAUCGGCAUAUCAAUCGCCUUACUCUUCCGCCGGCGCUCCGGGUCCCCACCCUAACGGAGACCCAUAUGCGUCCCUCCGUAGCCAGGCGCUUUCCACUCUCGAGGCUAUGGGUUACGACCCUAAAACAAUGGUUGAGCGCGGAGUUGUAUGGGCCGAAGAUCAAGACCCCUUUGGACAUGUUAUGCACACGCAGUAUAUGCACUUCUUUGGUCAGUGUUUCUAUCGCGUCAUGGAGAGCUAUGAUGAGUUCCUCAGCGAGCAAGAGUAUGAUGACAUGAUCAACGCCAAAACCGUCAUUCCCGUCAUCCGUAGAUAUAAUUUGGAUAUUCGGAGACAAGUCAAGUAUCCCGAUUCGCUUAUUGCAGCAUAUCGCCAAGAACUCAUAGAGCCAACUCGUAAUACUGGAACAACAUCCUUGUUCUCACUCAAGCAACAGGCUAUCGUUGCCGAAGUUAAAGGUUCCGUGACUUAUAUGGAUGUUAAAACUGGCCGUCCUGUCGACAUCCGGACCCUUAGUGGUGGGUGGCCAGCCGUAUAUGACGGCUUUACUAAAAACAGCGAACGUUCGAGGGUGCUCAAAGAAAAGUGGGAGAUCGAACAUCGUAAAUCCAAGAUCUAA